CCCAAUCUUUUUGUAAGCCAUUGCGUGUUCUUAUAAUUCUCUCGACUCCAUUUCUUCAAAGUACUCUCUCUCUCUCUCAUUUCUCAAACAUGUCAUCCAUGGCUUUUUCUUCUUCCUCUCAAUUCUUUUCUUCUUUCAUUCCCAGAACUAUUCUUCUUGUUUCCGUCGUGGCUUUGCUUCUCUCAUCACAACCACAUGCUCUGAAAUCACCUUUUUCCCCUCUCGACCUGCUUCCUUUGCUACCCAGACAGGUCUCAUGGCCGGUUCUCAACUAUCUCAACAACGCCGCUGACCUUCUUCCUACUUUCGUUGGAGCUGUCACUUCUCCUGACAACUCUAUUCAGUGGCAAGGGGCUUGCUUCUAUAAGAACACUGCUUGGAUUGAAUUUCAUAACAAGUCUGGCUCCGAAUUUGGCGGUGGUACCCUUCAUAUAAAGGCUAGUGAUGCACAUAGUUGGACGUGUAUGGAUCUUUAUAUAUUUGCAACUCCAUACCGCAUAACAUGGGACUACUAUUUCCUGUCUAGAGAACAUACUCUUGAGAUUGAAGAAUGGGAAGGAAAAGAAGAAUUUGAAUAUGUUAAAAGGGCAGGGGUUUCCAUUUUCCUCUUGCAAGCUGGAGUGUUGAAAACCCUUCAAGCAUUGAUUGAUGUCCUCCCUUUGUUUGCAACUUCUGACUGGGGUGAGCAAUCUAAUAUUAAAUUUCUUGAGAAUCACAUGGGUGCCACUUUUGAGGAACGUCAUCAUCCAUGGACUACAACUGUUGAUGUUGAUGAUAUUCACUCUGGAGAUUUUUUAGCACUAUCCAAAAUUCGUGGUCCAUGGGGUGCUUUUGAGACUCUACAGAAGUGGGUUACUGGAUCAUAUGCUGGUCAUUCUGCUGUUUUCUUAAGGGACUCUGAAGGAGAGUUGUGGGUUGCUGAAUCUGGGCGGGGAACUGGAGUGGAAGAUGAUAUUAUUGAUAUUUUACCAUGGGAUAAGUGGUGGGACUACACACUCAACAAUGACUCAUCCAAUCCCCAUGUUGCAUUUCUUCCUUUGCAUCCUGAUUUACGGGCAAAGUUCAAUGAGACUGCUGCAUGGGAGUAUGUAAGGAGCAUGGUUGGGAAACCAUAUGGUUAUCAUAACUUGAUAUUUAGUUGGAUUGACACCACGCAUGGAAACUAUCCACCGCCCUUGGAUGCACAUUUGGUUGCUUCUGUUAUGACAAUAUGGACACGAGUGAGGCCAACUCUCGCAGCAAACUUGUGGAAUGAAGCUUUGAACAUACGACUUGGAACAAAGGGCCUUGACCUUCCUGAGAUUUUAGUUGAAGUUGAAAAGCAAGGAUCAUCUUUUGGCGAACUACUGGCUAUUCCUGAACAGGAUGACUGGGUCUAUGCUGACGGGAAGUCAGCAUCAUGUGUUGCUUUUAUCCUUGAAAUGUACAAGGAGGCUGGGCUUUUUGGUCCACUUGCAAGCUCAAUUCAAGUCACCGAGUUCACAAUUAAAGAUGCAUACAGUCUCAACUUUUAUGAAAACAAUUCAUCCCGCCUUCCGAAGUGGUGUCAUGGUAGGGACGACGUCAAGCUUCCAUAUUGCCAGAUUCUUGGGAAGUAUCGAAUGGAUUUACAAGGAUAUAAUAGCAUUGAUCUUUAUAAACAUAUGAAUGAAAAGUGCCCUUCUCUUCCAACCGAGUACUUCCGUCCAAAGAAUUGUUAGAAAUGUCGUGAAAGUUCCUUUCCUGUGGGGUAGAAUGUGUAAGUAGUCCAUCAAUGUAGCUGCUAGAAUGUUUAUAAUACAAAUUGUAAAUACACCUCCUGAUGCCCGAUGCCCGAUGCAGAGUAGCUGUUAUUAAUUUAAUGUACAUUAUAUGCCUUAAGUGAGACAUCCGUAUCUGUAUUGAGUUUCAAGUAUGAGUCUGAUGACUUUCAUUGUUGCUGUAGCUUUUACAUAUUCAGCAAUACGUACUAAUGUGUAGCACAUAACGUUGCUUCAGUACUGUUCCAACUUGUCAUUCCCAUGGAAAAUUAAAAUAAGGAGAUAUGUCUCUCAAACAGAAAAUAGACUACGUUAACAUUUUUCUGUAUCUAUGGAAAAUCAAGCAAACCUAUAAAGUUACAAGCUGAUGUUUGGGUUAA